AUGGAGAAAGCCUACUCUUUCUUUGUUUCACUUCUACUCUUGCAUCUCUACUUGUUAGAAACAUGCAUUAGCAAAAACAUAGUAAUUAACACAGAUCAAUCAGUUCUACUUUCAUUGAAAGCCAGUUUUACUCUAAGCUCUUCUCAUCCCUUAGCUCAAAAUUGGUCUUCUCAAGCUUCAGUUUGUGAUUGGAUUGGAGUCACUUGCGGUUCUCGUCACCAUAGGGUGAUUGCACUAAAUAUAUCUAACAUGAACAUUUUUGGAAAGAAUAUUCCUCCACAUUUGGGAAACCUCUCUUUUCUCGUUUCUCUCGAUCUAAGCAAAAACUAUUUACAUGGAGACAUCCCGCAAGAUUUGUCUCGUUUAAAUCGAUUGAAGGUGAUGGAUCUCAGUUACAAUAAUUUCAGCGGAGAGAUUCCAAUGUGGUUCGGUUUCAAUUCUGCUUUUAUUUCAAAGUUAGAAACUCUGAGUGUGAGAAACAAUCUCCUUCAAGGCAGUAUCCCCAAGGAGAUUGGGAACCUUGAGAAUCUUAAGGACUUGAUUUUAUUCGAAAAUCAACUUACUGGCUCUAUUCCACUCUCCAUUUUCAACAUUUCGACCUUGGAACUUUUAGGUCUCUCAGGUAAUCAAUUAACAGGGAGUCUUCCUGUAGAUAUAUGUCGCCGUCUUGGAAGAAUAAAGAGAAUAUCACUAGUUUCGAACCAUUUGAGUGGUUACAUUCCAUCAGGUUUGUCUAACUGCACAGAAUUGUCCGAAUUGUCAUUGGCAUACAAUAACUUCAGUGGAAACAUUCCACCAGAAAUUGUCAACUUGGAGAGGCUUGAGCUCUUAAGCCUUGGGGGAAACAACUUGCAAGGCACGAUUCCAGCAAAGAUUGGUAAUUUAAGAAAGUUGCAGCAAUUACAUUUGGAGAAUAAUCACAUUGUGGGUUCAAUACCGCGCACUAUCUCCAACUUAUCAUCACUAUGGUGGCUUAAUUUGAACACCAACAGUUUAUCAGGUGUUAUACCAACAGAGAUUGGGAAUCUUCACAAAUUGAAGAUACUUUAUUUGCAAUUUAAUCGAUUAAGUGGCUCCAUACCAGAAGGGCUCUUCAAUAUCUCUACGUUAAUGGCGAUUUCACUUCUCACUAAUAACCUUUCGGGUAGUCUUCCAUCUGCUUCAGGCUACUGGCAAACAAAUCUACAGCUAUUGAAUCUUGGUGAUAACAACAUUGAAGGAGUUAUACCCACCUCAAUCUCCAAUUCUUCAAAUCUAUGGGAUUUAUUGCUUAAUGAUAACAAAUUCAGUGGCCAAAUUCCUAACUCAUUGGGGGAUUUGAGGCAUCUUGUAUAUCUUGACUUGUCCAAUAAUAACUUAUCAUUUCCGCGUCAAAGUAUCUUCGCUUCCUUGGCCAACUGCAGAAAUUUAACAAGCAUAUGGUUAGCGAAUAAUCCUCUGAAUGGUGUUCUUCCGGAUUCCAUUGGUAAUCUCUCCAAAGCUAUUGAAAUAUUUGAUUUAUCUAGUUGUGAAAUUCGAGGAAAGAUACCAGUAGGAAUUGGUAAUUUAAGUAACUUAAACACUUUGUACCUAUUCGGCAAUGACUUGACUGGAUCAGUGCCAACAACGUUAUGUGAUUUACCCAUUCUUCAAGGAUUACGUCUUGACAAUAAUAGGUUAACUGGACCCUUGCCGGAGUGCCUUUACAAAUUGUCAUCGUUGGGCUUGUUUAAUUUGUCAUAUAACCACAUUUCAGGUCCGAUACCAUCUAGCAUUGGCAACAUUACCUCUUUGAGAAAUAUUUAUCUAAAUUCAAAUAGGCUCACUAACAUACCCUUGAGUCUAUGGAGCCUCAAAGAUCUUUUGGUGCUUCACUUGUCCAAUAAUUCUUUGGUCGGCUCUAUACCUCCCGAUUUUAGCAAGUUGCAUGCCAUAACAUCCAUAGAUCUGUCCAGGAAUCACCUUUCAGGAAGUAUUCCCUCGACAAUUGGAGACUUGCAGAAUCUACUUUAUCUUUCUUUGGCUUAUAAUGAGUUACAUGGAUCUAUUCCGGAGUCACUGGGGAAAAUGAUAAGUUUGGAAUUGGCGAAUCUAUCCAAUAACAUUCUUUCAGGUACGAUUCCAAAAUCAUUAGAGUCACUUCGGUAUCUGAAGGAUUUCAAUGUAUCAUUCAAUAGAUUAGAAGGUGAAAUCCCAAGUAAAGGACCUUUUCUCAAUUUCACCUCUCAAUCUUUUAUGGGAAAUGAAGGGUUAUGCGGCGGUUUGCUUUUCCAACCUUGUAGGACUAGGUCUUUUCAUCAUUCAAGGAAAAGCAAACUGCUUUUGAUUAUACUUGUCUUCCUGGGAGCUGCAGUAAUGGUACUUGGCUCAAUCGUUGUGUUUAUGUUAAGGAGACGUCGGACUAGAAAUGUUCCAACUCAAGCUGAGUCCUUUGCUGCAACCACACUAGCCAGGAUUUCAUACAUUGAAAUUGAAAGGGCAACUCAAGGGUUCGACCAAUGCAACUUGCUAGGCACUGGAGGUUUUGGCUCUGUUUACAAGGCCAUGUUUGGAAAUGGGAUGACUUUGGCAAUUAAAGUGUUUAAUUUACAGGUUGAAGGUGCAUUAAAGAGUUUUGAUGCUGAAUGUGAAGUUUUACGCAACCUUCGUCAUAGAAAUCUUACCAAAGUUAUCAGCAGUUGUACUAACUUGGAUUUUAAAGCAUUACUGCUUGAGUAUAUGCCCAAUGGAAGCCUAGAGCUGUGGUUACAUUCUGAUGAUCACUUCUUGAAUAUGAUCCAAAGAUUAGACAUAAUGAUAGAUGUUGCAUUUGCUUUGGAAUAUCUCCAUCAUGGUUAUGAAACAGUUGUUGUGCAUAGUGACCUGAAGCCUAGCAACGUCUUGCUAGAUGAGAAGUUUGUUGGACAUUUGAGCGACUUUGGCCUGACCAAGUUAUUAGGAGAAGGGGAAUCAAUUGCUCAUACUAAAACACUUGCCACAAUGGGCUACAUUGCACCAGAGUAUGGAUCAGUUGGAUUAGUUUCUAGAAGAUGUGAUGUGUACAGCUAUGGCAUUAUGCUCAUGGAAACUUUCACAAGGAAAAGGCCAUAUGAUGAAAUGUUUCAAGGAAAUUUGAACAUGAGGAGUUGGGUCUGUAAUUCACUACCUGUAGCACCAGAUGAUAUUAUCGAUGACACCUUAUUGCAACCUGAAGAGAUUGAUUUCAACAAAAAGUUGUGUUGUGUGACCUCUAUUUUGGAGUUGGCAUUGAAUUGCACAGCUGAAUCUCCUAAUGAGAGGCUCAACAUGAAAGAUGUCCUGGCAAAUAUGAAGAAGAUCAAGCAUGAAUUUCUAUGCAGAUGAUGUAACAAGGUUUAUGCAAUGGUAGGUAUCCAACUUUUUAAAACAUUCUAAUGUCAUAUGGAGAAAUUAUUUCCCAUUUCAGGAAUAGAAAGAUUACUGUCUUGUCUAUACCGUGUAGAAAUGG